AUGUAUGGUCCCGCCCCAGCGCGCGUCAAAAAGACCAACAUCGUGCGCACGCGCUCGGGAUGCGCGCUAUGCCGCCAGAAGCGACGCAAGUGCGAUGAAGCGCGCCCCAGCUGCGGUCGAUGUGCUGAUCGCGGCCAGGCGUGCGAAUACGGCAUCGCCUGGGAAUUCCGCGAUGCCACUGGCUGGGCCGCCCAGCGGGUGCAUCAGCAAGCUACCGAUGACUCGGGCGGCCUCGUGUUCAUGGACCUUGGUAUUGGCUCGCCGUUUAAUUUUGACCCCGGCGAUGAUCAGCUCUUCUUGGAUUGGCCCAGUCCGUCGAGUCUGCCUGUCCCACUGGUACCGUCUCCACCGCUCGCCGCGCUCUCAGUACCGGAGCGCAUGUACCUCGCGCACUUCUCCGUCAUCGUCCUUGACACCAUUCCUGGCGGCUUGCAUGCGCUUGAACAAGAGAUGCUGAGCCUGUCCCCUGUGCGCCACGCAGCAAUAUCCCUCGCCGCCGCCAGCCUGGCCAACCUCCACGGCCGCUACGACGGCUCGCGGUGGAUCCCGCACCAGUCUCAUGCUGCGCAUGCCCUUGACCAUGCGUCCAAAGCCUCCGAGGCCAGCUCUAAUAUUCCACCUGAACAAGCCGUUGCCACCACUCUCCUGCUCCUCUACAUGAAAGUCGACCUCGACACGGUCGAGAACUGGUGCAGCCACUUCCACAAUUUGGAGGCUACUGUUCUCGAAAACCAUCUUACCUUAGCUCAGACAGAGCUUGGUCUUCAGUUGCUGCGCUCCUACCUGCACGCCAGGGCUUUUUUCAGGUCCAUGUCCUCCUCGUACCGUCCGAUGCGACAGGAGUCCGCCGGCGAUUGCACCGUCGCGCCUCUAGUCAAGAGUUAUGCUUCAUCCAGGGAAACACUUGCACUCGUCUCAUGCGAUGCUUUACGCAUAGUCGGACGCAUUCUCCUGUGUCAAUGCAUGCAUGUAGGUGACUGCUCCCCGAAGGCGUUGUUGCAAAAGAUGCUGCGUUGGCACUCGAUUGUGCGAGAUGCCCCCUAUCCAAACUCCGCUAGCGUUUUCCAGGACGAGUUUCAAACAACACUCAGUGAAGAUCAAUGCUACCAAGAACUGAAGGUGCUCCGAGAAGAACUACAGGCAUGCGAGCCAUCACCACCACUGCCCCCCUCGGCCAACUCAGAACACCCAGCGACUCUGGAACCCAUACUCUUCUCCAGCAGCGAUGAAGCCAUGCACCACGCCUCCUACGCUUUCGCCCAGCUCCUCUGCUCCGAGCCCCUCCUCCGCCACCUCCUCCGGCCACUCUCCAGCUUCCCUUCCUCUUCCUCCACCGUCUCCUCCCCUGCCGACCCAUGGCUCCACCUCCUCCUCCGCAUCGCCGCCGGCCUCGACGCCCGCGAAUGCGCCCGCCGCAACACCUACCACCACGGCAUGCUAUACAUGCUGACGGCCGCCAGCAUGCUCUGCAGCAGCGCCGCCGACGCCGACACCACGGUCGACCCCCUCGCCUUCGCCGCGGACUACGCUGCGCGGCUGGCCGCCGCUGGUAUCGAGCGCGACGGCGCAUACUACCCCGUUUCGCUGUCCCGCACGUGCAUCCGCGUGCUCCAGCGCGAGCGCGGGCGCGGACGGAGCGUGUUCUGGAUGUCGACGACGCACCGCGAAAACAACAGCGAGCUGAUGGCGGCGCAGGUGAAGGAGUACGUCGUCUUGCACGGCCGGAUGGCGGACGGGCGGUUUUUUAGUGAUUGCGUGCCGCCUGUGGAGGCUGAGAUGCAAUGA